UUCAGCUCAUAUAAACCCUGACGAGCAGUGGAGAACCUUGGUCAAGAUUUGUUUAUGUGCUACAGAAUCUGUAAAUGGACAAGCUGCGAUAGAAAUAACUUUGCCAUUCCUUUCCUCCUACUAUGUCGCACGUCCAACAUACAGUAUCCCCUACUGUUGAUGCAAACCAAGAGAAAUUGACAUAUUAUUAUCCUACCUUGAGUUUGCUAAUUGCCAUGUUAGUACCUUGUGUUGUUUUGUUAUUUCUCUUGAACUGUCUAAUUAUUUUGCAUAGGGUAUGCGUCUUCAAACAGAAUAGAAGAAGUAAAAGAAUGCGGCAAGCUCAAAGAGCAAUUCUGCAGUCGGGUCAACCAACUAACUGUAGGACAAAUCAAAGUACCGAAGCCUUCACUUGCGCCUAUCCAACUGCCAGAGUAGCAACAGGCCUCACACUUCCCAGGGUAACUGUUACUCAGCUGCCCCCUAGGGCUGGUUCUGACGAAAGACCCCAGUGCCGGGAAGUGUUUCACAGACCUGAUGGUGCCACAGGAGAAGAAGCUGGUUCGUUUAGACCCACAUCCGCUGCUCGUGUGUCUUGUAUUGGUAGAAAACAGCAGCUGUCGACAAGGAGCAGUUUUGUCCCCCAUUCAAAGUUGGGCCCCAGGUCUACCGGUUGCAGUAAAGCGACUCCAAUGGUAACAACAUCUUCCAGUGAUUCAGAGUUUCAGCCCAAUCGAGUUCCACCAAACUCUCCAGAAAAUACUGCAAGUGCAGCGUUAUCCAAGAGAUCUGUCACUGAAAUAAAUAGUAAAAGAGAGAAAGGGCAUUCUUGUUUGGUUAUCCCUCCAGUGAGUUUCCCACAUAGAACAAGCACCCACACAAGAGUUCAAAACAACAACAUCCUGUUUGUUAGCCCUUUGGAUUCCAUUCACUUUGAGUAUGCCAGUAGCAUUCCAAAUGAAAAUACAGUAAUUGUCAAUUCUGCCAGUUCCUUUUCAGAAGGGCCUGGCCUGGAUUCAGAUUUCGGAGCUAGUGCAGGCAUAUCUCUAAGGAUCCUGUCUUCAGACAGCGAAAGCUUCCCUAAUGCUGCUGCUGCCGCUACCGCUAGAUACUCCACAAAUUCUGGGAUGGAGUGGGAUUACUAUGAUCCAAGCUUCAAGAGGCAGCACCACCUUCAAACUCAGAGUCGCCAGUUCCCAGUCAUCUGCAGCAAACAGUACUGGAUAUAACCUCCAAGAGGUCUGGUAAAAGGCUUAUGGAGAACUCUGAUUUUGCCUUACUUGAUAAAAAAAAAAGAAAGAAAAAAAACAUAUCUGGCCACAUCAGAAGGACUGCUGAGGAAAAUAGAGCAACUUUUCUGUUGUCUGUUACUUUCUGAUUGUCACAUAAGACUGCUAUAAAUGUAAAAAAAAGUUUUGCUGUUUUAAAUAGCAGAUAGUUUGCCAUAAUGGAUGAUUGAUAACAAGACGAGUAGAUUUCUCACGUCACCCAGAUUUUACCCUUGUGGGUGUUGCAUGAAUUCUUUGUAUCUAUAUUUAAUUCUCCAUGAGCAUAGCUAAUGGGCCUGGUCCUCUCCUGUUUCCAAGUACCGUUGUUUGGAUAACACAUCUGCACUGUGCACUCUAACGAUAUUCAUACAUAUUGCUCUGCUGCGUUACAUGGGACAGGACUGGAUCUUGAAAAAGAGCUCUACUGUAGUUAUACUUACAGACUCAUGGAAAUAGUUAUAUAUGUAUAUAUGUGUAUGUAGUAUGUAUUUGUAUAGUUUAUCACUUUAAGCAUAAGGAAGGUAUAAAUAUGCGUCACUUUUAUAUAUAGUUUGAAGUUAUUUGCUACUUAAGAUCAUCAUCACAGUAUGUCAGCAUUGUUUACUAGGUGGGUUUAAUAUGGGACAAGGUUUUAAAUGAGUAUAAAGUAGUAUUUGUGUGUUCUAAUUGGGAUUUAGAAUUGAGUAUAAAUACUGAGUGCAUUAAAUAAUGAACUAGUGUCUGUACACACAGUAAGUGGAUAAGACUGUCUAGGAUAGUUGUACAAUUUUAGAUUAUGAAGUUAGUCCUGUAUGUUGUGCUGUAUAAGGUUUUAGAAAUCUUUGCUAAUUGGAUUAUGAAUAAGUAGUUUGCACUGGGUUUCCAUAUCCGAAAUGGAAUUUGCUUAUAAGAUGUAUUUGAUUUUAGGGUAUGUAUCACAUUUUGUACAGUAGAAUAUGUUCUUGUAUAAAUUUUAUUUAUAAAAUAAGCACAUAAAGCACCAAGGAAAUUCUUCACAAGUGGUUCUGUGUCUAAUUAAAAUAUGCUUUGUUUCUCAUUAAAAAAGAUAAUGAUUAAUAAAUGAUUAAUAAAUAAAGAUACAUGAUCAUAGAC